CCAUACCUAAUUAUUGGAAAGAAAAAAAUCUAGAUCUUAGAUUAAUCUAGAUCUAGUUCUAGGCUAAUAUAAGAGGUAAUCAGAAAGAAUAAACUUUUGCGUUCAUGCACUGAUAAGUUGCAAGUCCCAAAUUACGAGCGCCUCAAUCUUUCAUUCUCCAAAAAAAUGGCAAAUGCAAUCCCAUUUGUUGAAGGCAAGCUUGAACAGAGGAAAGCUGUACUUUUCUGCAAGACGUACUCCCCCGAGAGCAAAGCUUGUCAAGCGAUUCUGAGAGGCUACCCUGAGCUUACUGAGGAUUACUUGGAGUGUGUGGCGAUAGAGAAGAGGGGAGAUUGCUCUGAGGUAGAAGACUACCUCCACAAACUCUCGGGCAAGAACAACCGCGAAGUUCCCCUGCUGUUCGUGGACACCCGCUGUGUUGGAGGCUACUCCGAGAUCAUCCAGAUGCAGUCGGCCGGCCGCCUGAAGGACUUCAUCAAGGACAUUGUGUCCCCACGGCAGAAAAAACCAGAUGACGACGACCCGAUCUACAGGUACCUGGAUCUCCGUGUCCGCCCGUUGGACGACACAGAGAUCAUCAUCAAGAUUAAGGAGGUGUUCACGAAAACGGCCGGCAUCGAUUGCACAACGGAGACCGACUUCGACCCUCUUCACGUCACCGACAGCAACAUGUCCGUCCUGUCGGGGCUCAGCGAGGUCUUGGGGCCCAAGGGAGAGGGAGACGAGACCGUUCUGGGCCCCACGCCUCCCUCAGCCGGAGACCUGGGCCACGAGGCAGACGGCGGGAAGGCCGGAGUUGGAGGUGUCAAGGGCUUGCGUCUGAACUACUUGAGACAUAAAAUGGAGGUCUAUGAGAAAGAGGGUGGACUUGGACGGGGGUCAGACUCUGCAGGCGGCCAGGAAGGGGAGAGAACUGGGGAAAACCAAAUGGGAGAGACGGCGGCUCGUGGCAAAAAAACAGACAAGGGAAACAAUGUUUAGCGAGAAUCGAGAAAGGCAGAUUACUCGUGACGAAAAAACAAACAAACAAGGAAAGACAACCCCCAAAAGGAAAACAAAGCGAGGAGAUACAAGACGGACCGACUUCCAAAUCUGAACCAGCUACCACGCAAUUUUAGAGAUUGGGUUCGCACAUUGUUGGCGUUUUGAGUACCUUUAAAUGCUUGUCGAUCACUCUUAGUUUUAGUUGUGUCUAUUCAGUUUUCAAAUGUUCUUUGGAGAUGAAUGCCUUUGAGCUUUCCUCAAUUAAAAGAAAUAAAGUUGUGACUGAAAAACUCUC